AUGCUCCUCAACAGUGCUUACAGCACAGCACUCCUAUCACAAAUGCAACAGCUACAAAGAAUCAACCUAGUCAUCAAAACUUGCCAAAGGGAUCUGCUGCCCAAUUUACAAAGCUUUUGGACAUUGGAGAAUCCCUGGAUGGUACCUGAUCACUUCAUUGACAAAUUGCAGGAACUAUGGGAUAAGGUCAUGUUAGAUUGGCCACACUGGUGUGAUGAGGAUGAUCAUGUCUAUUGUCUGUGCAUGCAAAAGACUUAUGAGUGGCACACAUACAUUGGCAAAGCAGGGAUUGAAGCUGUUGAGGUGCUCUUAUUCCAAGUAAGGACAGGGGUCAUUUCACUCCAACAGGAACAUCUAGGAGGGAAUGAGUAUAGUGUCUCCAAGUCAUUUCUGUCACCACUUGUUCUGUGGACCUUUAUGUCCCACAUCAGGGAUAUUUCAGUGAUCAACAACAAGACUUAUCAUGAAUUAAUUGACUAUGAAAUGCCAAGGGGUGCACUGGUCUUAGCUGUCACAUCAGUCAAGUGGGCAUUAACAUUGGUUUCUACUGGAGCCAAAGAGGUGCCCAUCAAGCAGUCCAAGGCAAGCUUCUCUGACAUUGGAUGGGGCACAAAGACUUUGUUGUACACAUGA